UCAUCACAUCUUUUCUAGUUUGAUACACAAACAAAAGAAAAACAAUGAAGUCCCUUCUUUUAGGAUCUACCUCAGCCGAGCAACAUGGGCGGUAUGAUACUGUAGAAAGUAUCAUUACCGAAAGCCUAUUCAAUCAAAUGCUUAAAUAUUCUACCGACUCUCAAUGUCCUAGUAAUGGAUUCUAUACCUAUAAUGCUUUCAUUACCGCUGCUCAAUCCUUUCCUGGCUUUGGUACCACGGGAAAUAUCGUUACUCGUAAGAGAGAGCUUGCAGCCUUUUUUGGUCAAACUUCUCAUGAGACUACUGGAGGAUGGGCUUCUGCACCUGAUGGUCCAUAUGCGUGGGGAUAUUGUUUCAUAAGGGAGAGAAAUCAAGAUGUGUAUUGCACACCUAGCGACCAAUGGCCAUGUGUUGCUGGUCAGAAAUACUAUGGUCGUGGACCAAUGCAACUAACUCACAACUACAACUACGGGCUAGUAGGAAAUGCACUAGGUUUGGAUUUGCUAAGCAACCCUGAUUUGGUAGCCACAGAUGCUAUUAUAUCAUUCCAGGCAGCCAUUUGGUUUUGGAUGACACCACAAGGAAACAAACCAUCCUGUCACGAUGUUAUUACCGGCAAUUGGCAACCUUCGAGCAUCGACAGAGCUGCCGGAAGAGUCCCUGGCUAUGGUGUCAUCACCAAUAUCAUUAACGGUGGACUCGAAUGUGGACAUGGCCCCGACUCUAGAGUUGAGGAUCGAAUUGGAUUUUACAAACGAUAUUGCGACAUGUUGGGUAUUGGUUAUGGCAGAAACUUAGAUUGCAACAAUCAACGGUCUUUCUAAAUUAAAACAUUUAUUUACACUUAUAAUUAAUACUAUGCAAUAUAAUAAAUGGUCUUUUUUUGUUGUUAUAAUUGUAAAAGAUCACUAGUAUGUGUGUGUGUUAUUAGUCAUGGUAUCUUUCAAUAAAGAGGAGAAUUAUAUAUUCACCUUUUCCAAUUUGUAUGCAAUUUUAUGGAAAUUGUAAGAAAUAACACUCGAAGUGUAUUCUAUUUCUUUUCCUAAAA